CUGACUAUGAGUACCACUAUGUAAUAAAUUUGAAAUGAUUCCUGCAUAUAAAAGAAGAUUCUCAAAACAAACUUCGUAGUAUCACAAGAGUUCCAGAUCUUUCAAGUUUCAUAGUUUAUAAAAUGAAAUUAAACGCUUUCGAAGGCUUCCUACUCGUGGUGGGGGCAGCAGUGUUGGGAGGAGAUUUUGCACAAGGUGCGAAAAAUAAGUUUAGGCUGCACGACUCACCCACUUUUAUUGGUGGAGUGCAGCCACGCCAUCUCGAAGAUCCUAAGCUCUUAUCUGAAUGUGCCCCCAAUAAGGAGCCAGAAACCGGCGUCCCUGCGGAAUUUGAUGGUAGAGAAGCCUGGAAGCAUUGUCCUUCUCUGUGGGAAAUUCGAGACCAAGGACAUUGCCUCAGUUGCUGGGCCGUCGCCAUCGCCUCGACCCUCACGGACCGAUACUGCAUCCAUUCCAAUGGAACGAGCAACUUCCGCUUCUCUGACCAAGAUUUGCUUGGUUGCGGUUCCAAAUACACCGGUUGGACUUCUGAGAUCUGCACUGGGCGAGGACAUCGUCGCCUCUGCGCCCCAUUUCCACUUUCCGGGUGUCAAGGGGGUAGUAUUGGAGCAGCGUGGAAAUACCUGACGAACUCCAGCCUCGGCCUUGUCUCUGGGGGUUGGUAUAAGUCGGACUAUGGUUGCGUUUCUUAUAAGUAUCCACCAUGUGACCACACUAAGGAAUCGUGCUAUAAAGUCGGUAAAGUUCCUAAACCCGAGUGCAGGAGGAAGUGUCUAACCAAGUACAAUGGCACCUACCCCCUCGACAAGCGCGCUGUCACUUCCGCCUGUAAAUUUACUUAUCCUGCCGAUUCAAACGAUACCGUGUACAACAAUUUUGUGAAAAAAGUCCAACUAGAGAUUAUGCAGAAGGGACCGAUCAUUGGGGCGAUGCGACUGUAUGACAGCUUCCAAAAGUUCAAUCCGCACGAUGAAAAUGAACUUUACAAACCCUCCGGUGACGAGAAAGGCGAUUUUUUCCACGCGGUAAAAAUUAUUGGUUGGGGAAUAGGACAUCAAAACGGGACUGAACUUCCGUACUGGUUGGUGUCCAACUCGUUCAACUACUACUGGGGAAAUCGAGGUUUCUUCAAGAUAUUCAGGGGGAAAGACGUCCACGUAUCGGCAGAAAUUAAUAAGCAUCUCUCAGCCGGAAUGCCAGAAGUGGUGUAGUUAAAUUAUUUAACUUACAUGUUUAUGGUAAUUUUCCUACGAUAAUAACUACCAUCACUUUUUUUACUUUGUUCUGUUUAGAAACAUUUAAAUUGAUAUGAAGUAAGUUUUAAUGCCAGAGGAAAAAAUGGUAUAUGACUAAAAAUGAAAUUAUUUAUCAUUUUUUUAUGUAAUUAAAGCUGUACUAUAUAUUUAAAAUAAACAAGGUCCCAAAAAAGGGGAAAUCUUAGUGAGA